AACACACAUUCUUUUCAAAGUACACAUGGAACAUUUACCAAAAUAGCCAAGAAAAUGGGACAUAUAAAAGAUGCAGGGGCCUCCCCGCGGGUCCCCACCUGCCCCCGACACAAUGCCCGGCACCUCCAGGCCGGAGAACUGCAGGGAGGCAUGAGCAAGUGCGCCGAGGGCUCGGCCGUGGGGCGGGUGCUGGCGGGCGCGGGGAAUCCGGGGGGCGCGAGGCCGCCACCUCAGCAGUUGUGGGUCAGCGCCGCCCCCCGAUCCCGCACUCAGCGGCCCCAUCGUGGAAGAACACGAACCAGAGCCGUCGAAGGGCCCUGUGGCCGGAGCCAGGUGGGUCAGCAAGCGGGAAGCCGGGCCGCGGGUAGGCCCCGGAGGGAGCAGUGUGGCGGGCAGGGGGCGGCAGACCUGUCUGCGAGGGGAAGCCUUUCCUCAGGUGCGCCCUUCCCGUCGCUGGAUGGCGCGCUCACCCAGCCGUGCUGUUGGGGCGCAGAGCGCGGGCCCGGGAACCCCACUCCGUUAGCACCUGGCCAGUGUUCCUAGCAAAGGAGUAAAGGUAAACCAAAAAGGGGAAAAGAUGCACAGAAGAAUGUCAGUCAACAAAGAAAGGAAGAGUCAUACAGUUCCUAGAGAAGCUCUGGCUAAACAAGACACAUCUCCAUUAACAGAUGCUGUAGAGCAAGUUACACGGCAACAACAAUCACAAAUAUCAGAAUUAAAAAACAAAAAAACAAAACAACUACCAGGAAUAUUCUUCAACGAACUGGAACAAAUAAUUCAAAAAUUCAUAUGGAUUUCUGCAGAAACUAAAGAAAGAGAAAAGCAAAUUCAUCAACAAGAUGCUGCCAUAGAAAAUACCAAGCUUCAGUGUGGAAACCUGCAAACUCAAAUCAAAUCUUUACAUACAGAAAAUGUAAAGCUUAAAUUUGACAUAGAAGCAGCCCAAGAAGACUUUGAGGAACACAUGCUAAGAUAUAAUGAAUAUUAUGCAAAAAUGAAAGUACAUAAAGAUAGUUUGGGGGAGAUAGAAAGCAAAUGGUCAUUCCUGACUGAACUCCAUGAAAAACGAGAUCUCGUUAAAAAACUAACGACAGUGAAAGAGGAACUUACACAAGAUGCCCAAAAUCCAGAAGGAAACCAGAUGAAACAAGUACAGGAAGACAUUACAAAGCUAAAGGCUCAUAUAACUGUAAAAGAAUCUCUCAUUGAAAAAACUGGUUUUCUUGAGGAAGAAAAAAAUACCCAUGAAAAAUUAAGAAAAGAAAUAGAGGUACAACAUAAGAGAUAUGGUGCAAUCCUUAAGCGUUUGCACUGUCAGGUGAACAAACUUCAGUCAAACGGAAGACAAUGGCAAUGGAACGUUAAACAACUGGAAAAAACCACAGCUGAACUAAGAAAAAGCAUUGGAAUGAAAGAUUAAUAUGGCCAAAGAGCAAUGUAGAGCACAAACUGCCUGCAAAAAUUAUGGGACAUAAGGAUUAGCAAAUCCUUUGGAUUCUUAACAACCAGCAUUCACUGUCAGCAGUCUGUCUGAAUGAAAGAUGCAUUUUCUUUUUUUUUAAAAUCAGUCAUCUGUUUCUAAGUGUGUUCCAACCCUACAAUUGAUAGCAGUAGAUAGACAAUAGUUAUGUUUACAGAAGAAUCGUGGUCUGAAUAUUUUGUGUGUAAGAUAUACUGUACUCAUGAAUGCCUGUUUAUAAACAUACGGCCUUCACUAUCAUAUCAAGUAAAAAUUUAGAAGAAGAAAAACACUUGAAUUUACAAUGAUUUUUAAAUUGUUAAGAUAUUUUAAGUGAUUCUUUCAAACUUUCUUACAAUGUACUUUUUUACCACUGCCUUCAUAAUAGUCAUAAAUACUGGCAUUUACAAAAAAAAGCAGGAAGUUUCAAAUCAUGAAAAUCAUAGCAUGUAGAAUUUAUUUUCUGACUACAAUGGUAUUGAAAAUCAAUAACAAUAGCUGGAAAUUUGGCCAAGUAUUUGAAAACUAAUCAAAACACUUCUAAGUUAUUCAUAGGUCAAAGGGAAAAUUAGAAAUCACUUCCAACUGAAUGAUGAUAAGACUAGGAAACUAAAAAGUUAUAACAUGAAAAUUUAUGGGAUGCAACUAAAGCAGUGCUUGAAGGAAAAUUUAUAGCUUCAAAUACCUACAUUAGAAAAAAGGAAGCUGUAAAACACAUGAUCUAGGUUUCUACUUUAAGAAGUUAGAAAAAGAAGAGUAAAUCAAAUUCUAAGUAAAUAGAGGAAAAGGAAUAAUUUUAAAAUAA